AUGGUCUUGACAUUCGUGAUAGAAGAUCCUCUGUCCACUGACUACGGCAGAAAUUCCAGCAGCCCCGAGGCGCCCCUCGGCCACACCGUCACCGGAGGCGUACGACAGCGGAGCGCCUCUCCCGAAAUCGAGCCCUUCGACUGGGAAUUCCAAGAGACGCUGCGAUACUUUUUCGAAGUCGUCGAGCCGGAUCUCUCGCCCGAGGCGCGCAGGCUACGACCAAGCGACGUCAAGGACCCCAAUUUCCCACGGCAGAUCUUCUACGCAAACAUCCUGCCAAAGCCAGAGAAAUCUCGCUUAUCCCCCAUACUGGCCUUCACAAUGCAGAUCAACACAACCUGCCCGGCUGGCCAGCAGAUCAAAGGCUCGGACGACUUUACCGACGAAGAAAUUAGAACGCUGAUUGCUUUUGACCCUAACAAGGUCGAGCCCUGUCCGGUCGAGUUCCAUCUCGCCAGGCUGAGGGUCUUCUGGCUCUCGGGCAAGACGGGGUGGGAGGAUUGCUUUGAUGAGCCGAUCCCAUCCGCUGUUUGA